AUGGAUUUUACUUCAAGUUCAGGCGUGUUAGAUUCAGAAAGGAACACUGGGAGUAAUGACUCAGAUGAGCCUUCCUCGCAUUCAGAUGUCAUAGAAACGGAAGAAUUGAAGCUUAUUAAACUGCAAGAGCACAAGAAUAAUCUAUUGAGACAAAGAUCGGAGCUUUUGGAUCAGUUGUCUCAAACAAGAGUCGUGGAACCCAGAAGUGUACAGUUAGAUGAUAAACUUCUAUUGAAACUACUACGAAGAAACGACAAUGCCGUCAGUGAUUCAUCACAAUCGAGCAAUAAUCCACUACCGCGUGUGUUACCGAGCUUAAACAUUGAACAGAGAAAGAAAUAUCUGGAUAUUACACUAAAUGAUGUUACAGUCACAUGUGAAAAGGAUAUGAUCCUGCUACGUAAAGGUAGUUUCACCGCCUCUUUCAGAAUAGCAGUAGAAAACGAGAGUAUUCGUUCCAUGGCUAUUGACUUGAAUGCGUUUGAAGUUGAGUUACAGCCUAUAAUUCAAUAUGCCGAAGAUACUCAGAACGUGAAUGUUGCUAUGAUGGCUGUCGUACAAUUUCUUAGGAUAAAGGAACUUCACGAGCAAAUGAUAUCAAAGAUCGUCGAGGCAAGUAAAUUCAUUAGGGCAUCUAACAAUACCAUAACUCUUAAUGAUUUAGAGGUUUCUUUUCACUGUUACUGGAAUUUACCAUCGCCAUACCCAGAAACGUUGAUACUGACCAACAAAGUACAGAAAAUUUUGGAUUUCCUUAUAUACCAGUAUGGAAUUCAAUUAGGAGUCAUUAAAUAUGGAUCUACAAUUAUUUAA